ACAACUGCACAACAAACCGCACAGCAACCAAGCGCACAGCAACAGUAGAUUACUAAAGUAAGAGUGACGAGUUCAGGUGGCAACAGUUGUGAUGUCUCGUGGGAUGAAACUCUACUAUGACUUCAUGUCGCAACCGUCCCGUGCGCUGUACAUUCUGCUGGAAGCGAACAAAAUCCCGUACACACGAUGCCCGGUUGCGCUGCGAAAGUUGGAGCAGAAAACGCCCGAGUACCGCGCCAACGUGAACCGCUUCGGCAAGGUGCCGUGCAUCGUCGAGCAGGAUGAGGGUGACUUUCGGCUGGCGGAAAGCGUUGCCAUCUAUCGCUACCUUGCCCGUGAGCAUCGCCUGUCGGAUCACUGGUACCCGCUGGCGGAUUCGAUCCGGCAGGCCCGGAUCGAUGAAUACCUGUCCUGGCAACACCUGAACCUUCGUGCCGAUGUAUCGCUGUACUUCUUUCACGUCUGGUUGAACCCGCUGCUGGGUAAGGCGGUCGAUCCGGACAAGACGGAACGGUUGCGCCGACGGUUGUCCGAGGGGCUUAACUUCUUCGAGCGGGUGUUACUGCAGGACGGUUCGAUCGGACCGACCGUAACCGGGGGGGACACCCUGACGGUGGCCGAUCUGUCGGCGGCCUGUGAAAUCGAGCAGGCCAAAAUUGCGGGCUACGAUCCCUGUCUCGAGCGGCCACGUAUAGCCCGGUGGAUGGCGACGGUACGGGCUCAUACGAAUCCGCACUACGACGAGGCACACCGGCUGGUGUAUAUGCUGGCACCGGAACACAUUGCUACCCCAACGUUGCCCGGGGCGGAAUGAAUAUGCGCUUUGCCGGCUUCAUUUUCCGCGGAACAGAGUAGUUAAGGGGGGGGAGCUUCGGUAUUUUCCGGCACGUUUUUGACCAUUUUUUGUUAUGUAACCAUUCAAUUUUAUUUUUUUCAAAUAGAUGGCUUAUUAAUCUACAA